UCCUUUUCUCGCUUUAUUUAUUUAUUUUUAUUAUUAUUCUUCUAGUUGGUUGGUUACUUUGGAUAUGUUUACUGCUACUUGGAUGUUAACAUUGAGGCAGAUUUGUUAGUUUAUUUCUUCGGUAUUUUUGUUGUUUUGAUUUUAUGGUUGUUUGUUCUUAAUCUAGUGUUCAUGCUUUGAUUUUCUUUGAAGGAUUUUGAUUUUGCUUCUUCUACAUAUAUAUUAAUGUGAGAUAAUCUGGUUGAAAUUUACUGUAAUCCAUAUCCUUAGCCACCUUGUGUUAGUUGUAGUGUAUGAUUUUGUAAAAGAGACGCUUAGUGAGUGCUUUGGGGAUAAUAAGUUGAUGAUUGUGCGUGUGUGAGAGAGUGUUUAUGUGUCAUUUUAUUGGGAUUCAUGAAAUUCUCUCGCUCAAUUUGCUUUCAUCCAAUCAUACCUUUGCAAGUCUCGUUAGCACCUACGCAUUCCUUGCUUAAAGUUUGGAAGUUUUCUACUGCUUUUGAAAGGAAUUUGCUUAAUUGUGCAUGCUACACAGAAGAAUUUUGCAUCUUUUAAGUGUUUUCUUGUGGAUGGAUCUCCUAUGAUAAGAUCGUUUUGUUUUGUUGCCUGCUUUAGCCAUUGGUUUCAUUUGCUCUUUUUAUAUAAUAGAGAUCCACUCCUAUGUUCAAUUAUUGUUUUAGCAGCAUGCUCUAGUUUUUUGUGCAAAGCUUCUUGUAUAAUCUCUGAUUCUAGUUACCAGUCUGGUAUUUCUAAAUUCUCGCCACUAUACUUUAUAUAAUGAAAACUUCCUCGACAACGUUUGAAUCCUCUACAAGCUUGUCCUACUCACGUUAUUGUCAGUGGAUCAGUGUGGGGGUGUUCAAGUUCAAUGCUUUCUUUGGAUAAGCAUUGAUUACGCGUACCAAAAUACUGAUUGCUAUAUUAAUUGGUAUCUGAGCAUGAUUUAUGUUUGCUGUUAUUAAAAUUAUCUAAUUCCAGAGGACUCUUGAUUCUCCAUUGCAUUUUAACGGCCACAUUUUCCUCCACUUUUGAGCUUCAUUGUCUGUAGAGCUAAAAAAGAUUUUGUACUCUUAUGUAGGAGAAUCACUGAAUUGUGAUCAAAGUUUCUUAUAAAUAGUCGAUGUGUGAAAUAAAAGACAGGAAUGGCAGCAGCUGAAGCCAGGGCUGUAUGGCAAAGAACGGCUAAUCGCUGUUUUGUUCAAGAAGAUGCGAAAAGAGCUCCCAAGCUAGCUUGCUGCCAGUCAUCAUCUUCAUCAUCUAAGCAAUUGGAUGGAGGACCAACAAGUGCAGCAGAUAUGCCAGAUCAAUCUUCUGGAGGUUUCAUGCCUCUCAGAAGGUACCCCUCAUAUUCCAGUCUACCCCCCGAUACAAGAUGGUGGCUUCAACUGCAACCUAGUUAUGGUUACAAAAAAUGUUUUACACUUGAGCAGUUGAAUGCCUUAGAAGCUGAGUUGGAAAGCUUGAGAGCUGACAUUGUAGACUCACCUUCUAAAAGCAAGUUUUGCCAACAAGAUGACACAGACAGCGUUUUUGUGGAUGGCAGCAAGAAUAGCGAGUCUUCUCUUGAUUCAUGUUGUAUGAUCCCUGCUGAUUAUGUGAUGAAAGAUCAUGAUGUUAAGAAGGAAGAGCUAAAAGUUUUAUAUGACAAGGAUUUUCAAGAAUUUAAGAACUCCAAGUCGACGGAGAUGGAACCUACUGGAUGGCCCAAAUCACAAAAGGACAAUGCGUAUGGUUUUGAUCCAGAAUCUGCUUGGAUUGGGGGUGAAAAGAACAUGCCAUGGUGGCGAGUGACAGAUAAAGAUGACUUGGCCUCCUUGGUUGCACAGAAGUCACUUGAUUACAUUACGAAUUGUGACCUCCCCCCACCUCAGAAGAUGAACAUUGGGAAAUACCCAUGUGCUCGCCCCGGAUCUUUUCAGCAUGAUAAUACACCGGCAUCAUCUUUGGAUUGGAAGGAACAAAGCGGUUGCAUCUCCUCUGCAACUGAUCCUGUACAGGGCUGUCCCGAAUUUGAAGGCAUGCCUGGAAAACAAAGGGCUUCAACUGACAGGUUAUCACAAAGUGAUUCUGACAAGGCAUGCAGUUUUACGAAAACCAAUAUGGAAACUGCAGAAAUUGGACUAGUUUCUCAGGGUGAUCCUUGCAAGGCUCAACUACUGGAAGCACUCCGUCACUCUCAGACACGUGCAAGGGAAGCUGAGAAGGUAGCAAAGCAAGCCUGUGCUGAGAAGGAGAAUACUAUCAAACUCUUCUUCAAACAAGCCUCUCAACUUUUUGCAUAUAAGCAGUGGUUCCAACUGUUGCAGCUCGAAACCCUUUACUACCAGAUGAAGAAUAGCGAUCAGCCCAUGUCUAAUAUCUUCCCUGUAGUUCUUCCAUGGAUUCCUCGGAAAGGUAGGAAACUGCGUAAGAGUUGGCAAAAGUCAUCCAAGGGUAAACGAGGAAAGCGAUGUCGUCCAAAGCAUGACAUUGGCACGUAUGCUGUUGCUUUUGCAUUAGGGUUGAGUCUUGUUGGUGCUGGAUUGCUGCUGGGAUGGACUGUGGGUUGGAUGCUGCCUUUCUAGAUCACCAGCCAAAAUUCUCACUUGUGAAAAUUGAUUUACAAGUGAAAGUGAUUGCGUUACAUUUGCUUCCAUAUGUAAGUAGUUUUUUUUUUUUUUUUUGUAUUUGUUUCUUCGUCUUGAUGUUACCUCUUGUAUAGAUGAUGUGAGGAGUUGUUCAUGUGUAUAUGCUGGGUUGAACGUGAUUUGGAACUAGAAGAUCUCAUCAAUUAUCUCUCUUGGUGAUCAUCUGUAUAUUCAAUUUAUCUAUAGCAACGAUUCGGCAGUAUUGCUGCUA